AUGUCCAUCGAAAAUCUUAAGACCUUUGACCCCUUCGCCGAAGCCGACGAAGACACAGGCGAGACCAAGCAGGCACAGAAUUACAUACAUAUACGUAUCCAGCAGCGUAAUGGACGUAAGACUUUGACCACUGUGCAGGGUCUUCCGAAGAAAUUUGACCAGAAGAAGAUUCUCAAGGUCAUCAAGAAGAAGUUUGCCUGCAAUGGCACUAUCGUCAACGAUUCUGAAAUGGGCGAGGUGAUCCAGCUCCAGGGUGAUCAGCGCAAAGAUGUUCAGGAAUUUCUUAUCGACAAGAAGGAGGGCCUUGAGCUAGACGCCAAGACUAUCAAAGUCCACGGUUUCUAA